AGUAUUCGGCUCAAGACAGGGGGGGCGGGGCCGUGUGCGGGCGCGUUUGCGCUUGCGCGCCCCAAGGGGCCUGCGGGUGUUUCGAGAGGCGAGCCCGGCUGGUAGCCAUGAGAGGCGCGAGCACCGCCGUGAUCGUGCCCCAUGGCAAGCACUUGCACAUCGAGCCAUCGGCAAUCGACUUUGUAGAUAUACAGGCCGACAUGAAGUACAUUCAGACCGUCAUCGUCCGAAACCUCAGCCCGGCUGUCAAGCGGAUCCGCGUCGAGCCACCAUCAUCACAGGAGUUCAGGCUGUUGUGCGAGAACCAGCGAGCCAUAGCCCCCGGCUUGUCUAUCUCGAUUGAUGUGGAAUUUCUAACACGCAAACCGUUCGACUAUGUUGACAGGCUGACCAUCAAGGCCGAGGAUUUCAAGUUCGAAGUGCCCCUGUCUGCGAAAGGACCCUGCGCCGCCAUCGCGUUCGCGCCGCUCGUCAACUUCGGAGAGGUGAUGACGAAGCGAACGCACCAAGAGGAGAUCCUGUUCCGCAACGCGGGCUCCGACGUUGGGUCGUUCGACAUCAAAGCGCCAGCGGACAAGCGGCUUACCUUCACGCCCGUCUCGGGGAAAUUACAGCCGCACGGGCGCCCAGGCGACUCACAGCGAGUCAAGGUCCAGCUCUUGUCAGAUUCGCCCUGCACCGUCCACGAGGUCGUGGAGGUAAAGCUGGAUGGCCAGAGCUCAUUGGAGCCCGCCACGCGCAGCAUCGAUGUGCACGGGACCUGUGUGAACCAGGCGCUGCAUCUCUACAAGGAUGGCGCGCCGAUCAAGAUGCUCAAUUUCGGCAGCCUGUAUCACGGCCAGUCGAAGGUCAUCAUCGUGGAGUUGCGGAACGACGGGCCCACCACUUGCUCCUUCAGCGCGCAGGUUGCAGACGAGAGCGACGGCACCGACUCGAAAGGGGCACUAGCCUCCAGCCCCGCCGAGACGAUGGCGAAGUCCAACAUGCCGCUCGUCGUCACGCCCUUCACGGGGUCUGUGCCCGCUUUCGGCAAGAUCCCUCUUGAGUUCACUUUUGCCCCCAACGUCUACUCCGAGGACAAGGGUUUCAUCUGCAACCGGAGGCCGACUAAUCAUUGCAUGAAGCUCUCCUACUCUGGGAAGAUUGAUUGCGAAGAGUUGGGCCUCACGUUGCCCUUGCAGCUGACCGCGGAGGCCAUACUUCCAGCUUUGAGAGUGUCGCCAGACAUGUUGCAGUUCGGGCAAUGCCAGGUGAAUCAGAGACGCGACAUAGUCCUGAGAAUCACCAACCUCGCGGAUUCGAUGCCGCUGGAUUUCGAGAUCCCGACCGUCCCACACAUGGCAGUCAAGCCAGCGAAGGGAAGGCUGAGCCCCCUUCAGAACAUGAACGUCAUCGUGUCGUACAUGCCGAAGACCCUCGGCAAGCUGAAGCAGAACCUACAGAUCAACUACUGCGGCGGCAUGUACAAAUACAACAUCGCGGCCAUGGGGGAGGCGCCGACGAUCGGCGAGAAGGCGAUACCCGUGAAGGGUCUGGAGCGGACGGGGCGGGACUUCGACCCAGAGCAUUGUUUCGUGGACCCAGAGAACUUGAAGCUGCCACCUCCUCCAAUAAAGAAUCUCCAGAGCAUCACCAAGAUCAUGAAGACCGACCUCAACAAGGCAGGACAGAAGAGCGCGAACAACUCGGAGGCGCUCGACUCGAUCAUGCAGGACCACCCGGAGCCGACGCAGCACUCGCUCUCCCCGUCGGCGAUGCAGGAGUUCGUACGGAACAAGCAGAAGUACAACACGGUCUUGAAGGAAUCGAGAUUGGCGCGCAAGAAGAACAUGAAAAAUGCUGGGACGGCUGGCACUGUGGUCGACAUUUUUUGCGAGGAUGACGUGGACCGGGGUAUGGCACCAGGAUCUGGCCUCAAGAGCCCCCGGUACAACGUCGACGAGAUCAAGCCAGAGAAGUUGUAUUUGCAGCGGCCUCUGGACGACGACAACGCGGCUCGGGGCGUCACUGGCCUCCGUUAUGUGCACGACGAGAACAAGCUGAUCAAAAAGAAGUUCAAGGCCGCCCCGACGACGCAGGCGGAGGUGCGGGAGUGCUCCGUGACCUUGGAGAAUUGGCAAUUGGGGCUGAUCUCCGUGGGGCCACGCAUCCUGGACUUCGGCAGCGUCUACGUCCGGUCGCAGGCGACGAAGUCUUUCUCGGUGUACAAUGACCUCCCGCAAGCCAUACUGGUCACCAUGCAGUACGACUCCGAGGAACUGAACAGGUCGAACCCAGUCUCCCAGGUGAUACCAUCGGCGCAGGCCGCUGGAUUCGACCUGGCCGUGUCUUCGCACCUGUCCCAGACCUUCCAGCGCCAGGUUGUCUACACUAUCAACGGUAUCCAUGCCUUCAAGCUGCUGGUGAAGGCCGAAAUCACGCCCGUCACGAUCAAGAUGUCCCGGAGUGAUCUCAACUUCCGCUUCUCGGAUGACAACAUGGACCGAGCGCUCACGGAGCAGAUGGUUCUCAGCAACCCAGGCAAUGCGCCGGCGCGCUUCAGCUGGCAGGGUGCGGGUGCCGCCUUCUCCGUGGGCCCCACCAGCGGCGUCAUCCGGCCCGGUGGUACGUGCGCUUGCGAUGUCGUCUUCACUCCGCCCAGCAGUGGCCAGGUGGUGGAGGGCAUCCUCACGCUGAAGACGGAGGAUGGCGACGACCAGCCUCUCAGUUGCACUGGGCAGACUCCAGAGGCAGUCUGCGCGUUCCUCGUCAAGAAGCUCGACCUGGGCGUGCUCGCGGUGGGCCUGGCGCAGGAGCGCUCGGUCAGCGUGGUGAACACCGGCAAGAACGCCGCCGUAUUCCACGUCGAGCCCACCGUGGACGGCGUGACCGUCACGCCCACCCGCGGGCGCAUCGUGCCCGAGGGCCGAGUGGACAUCGAGGUCAGCGUGCGCCUUGACAAGCCCAUGCAGCUCGAGACGAUGGUGUCUCUGAGCGUCCGCGGCGGGAAGACGAUCCGCCUGCAGACGACGGCCACGGCCGUCGUGCCGAACAUCGAGUUUGUCGAGGAGGAGAUCGAGUUCGGUCAGCUGACGCUCGGGGCCAUCGCGACGGCCCCCGUCUCGCUGAAGAACUCGUCCGCCGUGGAGGGCACCCUCUUCGUCAACCUGCAGGCCCACCCGGAGUUUGCGCUCGGGCCGCUGGAGGUCGACGGCAGGGAAGAGGAUGACAGCUUCGACGCCUCGUCCAUGCAGGCGCUCACCGCCCACCAGUACCAGGUGGCGGUCGGCCAGGGCGGGGGCGACGACCAGGGGCUCACGACGCGGAAGUCCCACGACACCUCCACCAUGAACGCGGGGGCCAACAUGCCCGAGGACGAGGAGGAGGAGGCCGAGACGCGGAUGUGGAAGAUCACGGUGCAGCCGAAUUGCACCCUGCAGCUGCAGCUGACCUACCAGCCCGCGGACCUCGGCCAACAUUACUUCGAGUUCCCCGUGCUCGCCGCGGGCGGCGGCCGCGGCGACGGCCUCCGCAAGGUCGUCCACGCCGAGGCGCUGCGCCCGAGGAUGCUCUUCAGCUCCACCGUCAUGGACUUCAAGACCAAGGUGGUGUCCACCGGCAUCCAGUCCAUCGCUUCCGUCCAGGAGCUCGCGCUGCACAACGCAGACGACCGCGCCAUAGAGUGGAAGAUCGACUCCGAGCCACUGAGAAAGCACAUGGGCGUCUUCGCGCUGGAGCCAGCGCACGGCACCCUUGAGCCCGAGAGCGACUGCCGCAUCCGAGUGGCUUUCUUGCCGAACGAACCGAUCGAGUACAAGACGAGCCUCAACGUCUUCUUGUCGCCUCCCUGGACCGAGCAGGCUGGCCCUCAGGACGGCGAGCCGCUCCCGCCCGACGAGAGCAAGCCAUACCUCUCCCUGCGACUGAAAGGACAGGGCGCGGUGCCAAAGCUGACCUUCGACCGGAAAGAGGUGGUGCUGCCAAUCGUCCCACUAGGGAUCCGGUCCCGCUGCUUGUUCUACAUCACGAACGAGGGCUACGAAAGUUUGGACGUCAAGUGCAGAUUGCCGACUGACAACAUCCGGAUCCCCCUGACCAUCAACUUCCCUGAGGGCCAGACGCUCGGAAUCACCAAGCCCAGGAUCCCCGUGGAGGUCUUCUUCCAGUCCAGCAAGCCGAUAUCCUUCUGCGCCAAGCUCGAGUUCCUGGACAACGACACGGGCUCCUACACGCUGCCCAUCUCGGGCACCACGGAGAACUCCAUCCUGACGUGCCACCGCUACCUGCAGCUGAAUGCGGAGUUCUACACCCUCGGUGGGUCCCCGCCGAUGCUGACGGAGAAGGAGGACAGCCCCGAGGCUGGCGCGGGCGCUCCGCCCUCGGUGAAGACGGGCAGCAUGUCGCACGCGGGCUCCAUGGCGGGCUACGGCGGCCAGGACAUGUCGCAGGCCGAGUACGUAAUGCGGUGGAUGAACGGGAACGUGUUGAAGAACCAGAUGGAGUCCUUCCCCCAGGACCUCGUCAACACGGGCGGGCGCUUCCUCUACGAGAUGAUCGAGUUCCUGUCCGGGAAGCAGGUCAGCCAGAAGGGGCAGGAGAAGGCCCUCAGCAGCAGGGGCGACAAGGGCAGGGGCCAGAAGGGCAAGGACCUCCAGCGCAUCCAGGGCCAGGUCCAGCAGUAUGAGCAGCUCCUGAACUUCCUGAAGCAGCACGGGGCGAUGCUGUCGCCCGUCCGACCGGAGCAUUUCCUGUCGUACGAGCAGUACCUCCGCCUGCAGCAGAACACGAACGCCACGAUCUCGCGGCGUCAGGUCGAGAAGGCGUUCUUCCCCAAGAGCGUGGAGGCAUGGCUCACCGCCAUCCUGCAGACUAUCAAGAUAUUCCUGCUCAACCGCAUCACCCUCAAGGCGUUCAAGGCCCUCCCAGGCAUGACCGAGGAGAUCGACCAGCCAAUCGCCAGCGCCAUCAACGACGAGCCCAUGGCCUCCGCCGAGCUCUCGGCCACGGAGACGCAGAAGGUGACGGCCUCUGUCGAGCUGGUGGCGGCCCUCGACCCGAAGGGCCUGGGGGAUUCCAACGUCUACGGCUCGGCCGAGAGCAUCCUGCUGCGCUGGCUGAACUUCCACUUCUGGCGGGCCUGUCGCCAGCGAUACCCCGAGCGGCACGUCUCGAACUUCGACGCUGACCUGUGCGACUCGGUCGUCCUCUCCGUGGUCAUCCAGUCCCACGUGCCGAACUGCCAGGCGGUCCAGCAGAUGAGGCACCCCUGCACCGCGCUGGAGCACUACGAAGAGAACGCGGGACUUAUCAUCGCGGCCCUCUCGGAGAUCGGCCUUGCGUUCCCGAUCCAGGUCUCGGACAUCGCAUCCCCGCAGUCCAAGGACAUGCUCCUCUUCGUCAUGUACCUCUUCCAGAAUCUGCCCCAUUACGUUCCGAAGACCACCAUCAUAUUUUCAACCAUGCUGGGGGUCAGCAUGACCAAGAACAUCGAGCUCACUAACCCUUCUAAGAAGGCGAUCACGUACAAUGUGCAGCUUCAGGGCUCCAGCGAUUUCUCGAUCAAGGACGACCAGAUCCGCAUCGAGCCUAAGCAGACGGUUUCUUUCCCCGUGGAGUUUCAGAGCCGUUUCUCGAAAUUGGUAGAGGGCCAGAUCGUCUUCACCUCCAAGCGCGAGGGAAACGUGCACGCUGCGGCGAUGGUGUUCAAGCUCAGGAGCAAGUGCACGGGCCGUAAGCCCAGAAAGGUGGUAAAUGUGUCGGCGGUCCUGUACGAAACGGGCACCGUGGACGUCGAGCUCGAGAACCCGUUCUCGGAGGACGCCGAGUUUCACAUGAUCAUCCGAGAGAGCACGGUGAUGGACGUCGAUAAGAACCCCAUCAAGUCCAAGCGGUGUGAAAGCGUGGAGCCGUUCCACGUGGCCGACAAGCGUGCACGGGUGAAGGCAAACGGCACCACGAAGCUCACGAUAUCAUUCUUGCCGUUCGAAGCUCCCGCACACUUCACGGCGCUGCUGGGCUUCUUCGACUCCAAGGCCGGGGAGUUCUAUUACGAGCUGUGCGGUGCGAGCUCGCCACCUUUGCCGCUCGAGACUUACAAGCUGCAGGUGAAGGCCGAGGAGCUUGGCACUAAGGAGCUCAUCCUGCCGCACCGCAACACGCAGAUGGAGGCUGCACGCACGAGGCUCGAGCAGCGCGGCCUCGCGGCCAAGCAGGCGCCCCCGGACAGCAUCACCUACGACGUGACGCUCUCCUCGCCCUUCUACACCGCGCCGAGGCAGGUGACUGUGGUGAGCCACUCGGCAACCUCGAAGACCCUCGCCACCACUGCCGAUGCCUCGAAGACCCUCGCGCAGACCUCCGGAGGGCGCAAGGCGUCCAUUGCGGCUGCCACGCAAGAGGUGAAGACCUCCACCUCCGGGGGCUCGGUCGCCAAGCUGACGCUCGAGUUCAGACCGAGGGAUCCUGGCGUGUAUCCAUGCACCGUCACGCUGACCUCAGAUGUGGACAUCAGGAUCUACCAGAUCGAGGGCACCGGCACUGCUCCAAACACGCACUGCUUCCUCACCUUCAACACCCAGGCGAGGAAGUACCUGACGCAGGAGAUUCCGAUCGUGAACCCGACGGAGCGCGAGUGGCAGAUCAAGCCCGUCUUCGCGCAGAGCGGCCACGAGUUCGACGGGCCACGAGACUUCGUGGCGAAGAAGAGGCAGGCAAACGGCCAGGCCACCACCACGUACUACCCUCUGGUGUUCAGGCCCGACUGGGUGUGUGAUGUCAAGGCCCAGCUGGUGCUUCACAACGCGGGCACCAACGAGGCCUACGAGUACGACCUGCACGGCAUCUCGGAGGAGCCUCUCGCCGAGGAGCAGGUCGUCAUCAAGUGCGAGGCCCGCCAGAGGACCUCCCAUUCUUUCGUGGUGCGGAACUACUCUGCGGGCCCCGCCACGUUCGAGGUGGAGAGCGACCUGGUCCACAUCUCCGGGCCCUCCUCGAUCACGGUCGAGGGCAGGGGCCAGGGCGAGUACGAGCUGGUGUUCCAGCCGCUGCAGGCCGGCCAGGUCACGGGGUGCAUCAUGUUCCGAGACUCGCAUUCUGGCCAUUUCACUUGGUACACCGUCGAGUGCAUAACGCUGCCGCCCAAGCCGCAGCAGACGCUGAAUCUGACGUGCGUGACCCGCCAGGCGGUGGCUGUGGACAUCCAGCUGGUCAAUCCGCUGGACGACGUGGUCGUCUUUGAGGUAGCCCUCACUGGCGACGGCCUGCUGGGAGAGUCCGAGUUCGUGCUGGCGCCAAAAGAGACGGCCACCUACGAGCUGGUGUUCAGCCCGCUGUUGCCCGCCAAGCGGAAAGGUUCCGCGGUGUUCUUCAACGACGUCGUCGGGGAGUUCUGGUACGAUCUGGACCUCCUUGCCGAGGCGGCGCCGCCCGAGGAGCUGGAAACCCUCAACGUGGAGCUCGGGCAGACAGGAGUCCUGUCGGUGACGAUAGACAACCCGACGGGGCAGGAGGUCGUUCUCAAACACAGGUCGACGAACAAGAUCAACUUCAAGGUGGUGCAGCAGAAGGUGGUCCUCCCCCCGCUGGAGUCGACCGUGGUGCAGAUCGAAUACAGCCCCUCCAGCCUGGGUGUCGUAGAGGAGGCCCAGAUCAUCUUCGAGCACCCAGUCGCCGGCCAGUGGGUGUAUAAGGCGACUGGCACCGGCCUCUCGCCGGACGAGCCUCGCAAGGUGACCGUGGCAGCGCAGGUCCACCACCCCAUCUCCCAGACCAUCAGCUUCAAGAACCCGUUCCUGGAGCCCGUCCACGCGUUCAUCGUGCUAGAGUCCAAGAGCGAGAAGGGCGUAUUCUCCCUGCUGAACAAGAAGGCGAAAGUGCAGAUAGGUCCGCUGGCCACCGCGCAGAUCCCCUUCUCCUUCUGCCCCCCGUCCAUGACGCAGCACUCUGCGACGGUGGCCAUCUCCGUGUCGAAGCCCAGCUUGACGUGGACGUACCACAUCCAGGGCGUGGCAGAGGCCCCCACGGAUUCCACUGUACACACCUUCACAGUCAUGGCGCGCGAGUCGUUGGAGACCUACUACCACCUGAGCCUGGUGGGCCUGGAUUCUCUGCCCGGCGACACGCUCGGAGAUGCGCUGUCCUGCAAGCUGGAGGUGCCGCCGCAGCACCAGGGGCUGGUGGAUAAGUACUUCGAGAUCGGCCUUGAGGACGACACUGAGCAGGCCUCGGUCCUGUUCACGGACAAGGAGAAGGUGAGCCUGAAGGUCAAUUUCUCGCCGCUGCGACCCUUCGUGGCCCUCUGCAACCUGGUCAUCACCAGAGCCUCGGGGGGGCGCUGGCGCUUCGACUUGAAGCUCGAGGCCACUGAGCCAGAGGUCGAUGACACCAUUCUCAUCCAGUCUCCUCUGAACAAGCCUGCCAGUGUCGCCUUCCGGCUCAGCAAUCACAAGAGCGUGUAUUCUGGCUUCGAGGCCUUCUUCGAUGCUGAGUCCGCGUUCGAGUUCACGGUGCAGCCUACCUCUGGUGUAUUGGAACCCGCUGGAAGCAAUGGCACGACUUUCGUCAUCACCUAUAAACCGACGGAGUAUGGCAAGCCAGUGCAGGGCAAGCUGAUCAUCCAGACGGAGGACGUAUAUUGGUCUUAUAUCGUGAAGGGCACGCACCCCAAGUACUCCGCGCCCAUCGCAGACAAGCCCACCGUGGAGACGCGCCUGUCGAAGGAGGUGCUCCAGAAGCAGGCCGUGGCGCACGCCAACAGACGGAAGAAGAACUUCAUCCGCAACAACAUGGCGGGCGGCCCCUCGUCGCCAUCCUGAGCCAGGCGCGGGAGGCGUCGCGGCCUCCGACGCGCAAGCCCGGCCGCUGUCUGACCCAGCGCGCCGGCGCAAGCCUCGAUGGGGCGAGGAGGAGGAGGAGGAGGAGGAGGAGGAGGAGGAGGGCUCCCCCCCGACGCCCGAAAGCGCAGGCCGCGGCCAACCCCGGAAAGUUGGGGAACGCCCGCCGGCGUGCGCGCGCGCGGCCGAGCCGCGGCCGCAUGCGGGGCCUGCGCUCGCUGUCUCACCCCACCUUUGGAUCCUGCGCCGGCCUGCCACACUACGCAUGCACAGGUCGAGGAGGUGCCCCGCUGAGCCCUGGCAGCCGGGGGAAAAAGAUGUCUGGUGGCGAGCUUGAGCGGGGGCGAGGCCACGCCUCCAGCACAGCGCGAUCUUGAGCACGAUCCUGGACCCUCUGGAGGGCUUGCUCGCGAGGGUCCCGCGAGCCACACCCGCAGGUUCCUCCGUCGGGGCUCCCUCGGCCCCUUGUCCUGCUCCUGCUCUUGCUCGUCUCUCUCUCUCUCUCCUCCCCAUCUCCGGGGCUCAAGCCUUCCCGGGUCAAGCCGGCGCACACUGCCGCAGGAGCCGUGGCCCGCUGCGAGACGCCCCACCUGCGGGCACGUCGCCCCGCGGGGGCGCGCGUCGAAGCACCGACGAGCGGCAGCAGAGUACCCUCGGAGGUCCGCGCAGUCUGCCUGGCUCGGUGGAAGCUCCGCGCGACUCUGCGACGAUGACGAUGACGAU